AUGGAAAGAGUAGAAACCGAUUUAAACAAAUCAAAGCAAGCAAGAGAGAAACAGUCUCGAGAAUUCUCAAAACAGAUUGAUGAAGAGAGAAAUCAACAUGAAAGAAAGAUUGUGGAACUAAAAAUGGCCCUGGAACAUGAGAAAGCUCAGAUGUUAAAAGACUUUCACACACAAAAGGAAAUUGUUAUAUCUGAGCAUGAAAAAGAAAUUGACAGCCUUAAGGAAACGCAUCAAAAUGAAUUAUAUGAGUUGAAGUGUCGAGUCCAAGAGAAACAGGACAAAGAUGUUAAGAAGAUCACGCAGUACGAGAGACAGAUUCAGGAGUUACGAGAGGAGGUGGUCCAGGCCAAUCAGCUGAGGAAACAACAGCUGGUAGAACUGGGGCUCCUACGGGAGGAGGAGAAACAGAAAAUGCUCAGAGAGCACGAGUCGGAGGUUAUAAAGUUACGUUCUGAGAUGGAACAACAGAGGCUAGACUUACAAAAAACACACAGUACAGAGUUAGAAAAGAUGCUGGAAAAGACCAAUGCAAGGCUGAAGGACAUUGAGAGAGAGUACAAUGAGAGGGGACAGAAAGCCACAGAGACAAUAGGGGAGCUACAGGCCAACAUUAACCAUCUCAGAGACGAGGUCAAAAGGGUACGUGAUGUGGGAGAGAAGAAAUGCCAGGAUGUAUCACAGCGAUAUGAAGAUGAGAAAAAAUCUGUCAAAAAGCAGUAUAACAGUAAUAUGGAGAGUUUGCAGCGUGAAAUAGACUCCCAGCAGGCAAGAAAUAGGCAGCUAGAGCGUAGGUUAGAACAAAUGGAGGCAGAUCAUGAGGAAAAGAUUACACACCUGAAAUUAUCGUUUGAAGAAAAACUGAGAGGCCUUAUUCCUUCUUCAGUCAGACAGGAACUUGAGGACACCAUCACAUCACUGAAAUCUCAGAUCAACUCACUACAACAAAAGACAUUAAUCCUACAGGAAGAGGUGGAUCUCAAAAACAAGUACCCCAUUGGUCAGUUCUCCUCCAGUUCCCCCAUCAAAGCUGUGUGACGAUUGGUCAGUUCUCCUCUAGCUCCCCCAUCAAAGCUAUGUGACGAUUGGUCAAAUUGUAAAUCCUUUUAUAGAUGAGAUUAGUGUGGAUGGAAGAAUUUUUAAGUCAAAGAUUUUUAAGUUUUC